AUUUUGUUAAAGAUUUGUGACUUUAUGCUUAGUACCAGAAAAACAUUUCAAUUUUAAAAGUGAGGAUGAUUGAUGCAGAAAAAAGUGUAAUACAUAUAAAAUUAAUGAAAGUAUUAGGAUUAUAUCAAUUACUUGACCAAAAAUGCUCAACACUUAUAGGUUAUAAUUUGUUAAAAUGUUUUACUUUGCUUGAAAUACAUUUAAUAGUUUUACUUGUCAUUAUGAGCGUGUGGUCUUUAUUUUGGUGUUACACAGAUUUAUUUGCAAUAGUUAGAUUCAGUAUGACUUUAAUUGGUGGAUUAGUUGCAGGUGUCAAAUUAUAUACGAUGAUUCGAACUUCAAAUAAAAUACGUAAAUGCUUACAAUACACUUCUAUCGACUACUUAAUUUUUAAAGAUCAUGAUAGAGAUUUACUUAUGGAAGGUAAAAAAAGAGUAGUAUUCAUUACAAACUUUUAUACUAUUUAUUGGAUAUGUAUUUGUUUGUGCUGGAUAUGUUGUCCUAUGAUACAAAAAAAAAUGAAAACAAUAAUACAUUUCAAAGGCUCUGUUCAAAUUUAUAAUUACAAUAUAUUUAAUUUCAUAUUUUUUAAAUCUGAUAAUUUGUACAACAAAUACUUUAAAAUAUUUUGGAUGAUUGAAUCAAUUUUUGUACUCGCAUGGUGUCAUAUAACAAUAGCAUAUGGUGUUUUAUUCAUUUCUAUAUGUAUAACAAUUAGCUAUCAAUUGAAAAGUAUUUCUUUGUCGUGUUCACAAUUGGGAUAUUCAAAAAUUAAAAGUUUAAGUAGUGAAUUAGAAGAAUCGUCAGUAAUCAAUAAUUUCAAAACAUUGAUUGAAGAUCAAAUUCGUGCCUUUAUGUUUAUACGAGAGAUUUACACAAUUUUUCAACAAAAUACAAUUUUACAAAUUGGAUUAGAUUCGUCACUAUUUUUGUCUCAAAUAUUUUUAUUUAUUUUGAAUAUUUCUAAGGGACAAUCCAUCGUGUCAUUUCAAAACUUUUUACUUAUAUUCUCUGCUUUUUCUAAUAUAUUUCAAAUGUUAAUUACAUGUUAUUUAUUUCAUACAAUAAACGACGAAAAAGAAAAAAUAAAUUUCGCAUUAUAUUGUUGUAAUUGGACAGAGAUGAGUAUUGAAUAUCAACAGCUUAUUUUAAUGGGUAUGCGUGUAAAUGAAGCAGAAAAAACAAAAAUGAAAAUUACAACACAAAAGCUUAUAAACGUACAUCUAUUUAGAGAGGUAUUUCAAAGAACGUAUUCCAUAUCUUCUGUAUUUGCCAACUGUGUAUUUUGAUAAAACGAAAAUUCAUUUUUUCUGUUUUAUCCAUUGAUUUUUAUCAAUUUCAUCAAUCAGUCCUAUGCAAUAUGUUUAAGUA